AUCAAAUUCGAAAAAAACUCGUUGUAUCUUCGCAUCUCCAUUCUCAUCGAUUCUUUUUCAAAUAACCGUUUCAACCAAUUUCCUAUUCUUUUUACUCCCGAUUUAUUGGAUUACCCAAGUGCAUUAUACAUCGAGAUAGAAUGUCUCACUGCCACGACGAGCAUGAUCACCAUGGCCACGGCCACGAUCACGGCGAGCACGACCACUCAGACGACAUCACGCCCGCGCUGCAGUCCUCGCUGUACGAGCAGAUCAACUUUGAUGAAAUCACGACGCUCAACGAGUCGCGCAGAGAUGCCGGCAAGGCCAUUGUCAAGAAGACGUGGGCGGAGAGACUGAGCCAGGAUCCCGAGCUGGAGAGUGAUGCUGAUGAGCAGCUUCUCAUGACGGUCCCAUUCACUGCGCAAAUCAAGCUACACUCCAUCCUCAUCCGCACAUCACCCGCCCUCUCAGCCCCCAAAACCCUGCACCUGUACAUCAACCGUGACGACAUCGACUUCGCCGCCGCCGAGGAGACGACGCCGGUGCAAGUCCUGGAGCUCUCACAGACGUCGGAAAUCCAAGAAAUCCCCGUCAAGCGCUCUGCGUUUGGAAGCGUCCAGCGCCUGGUGCUCUUCUUCGUGGACAACUUUGGCGAAGGGGACGAGGACGUGUCGCGGAUCAGUUACCUGGGAUUCAAGGGCGAGUGGACGAGAUUGGGAAAGGCGCCGACGAAUAUUAUUUAUGAGGCGGCUGCGCAGCCGGGAGAUCACAAGGGCAGCCGCCAAUUCACAAAAAAUAGCAACAACAGAGGCUCCCCUCCAAUGCCUCCCAGGAUACCCAUCCUAGUGGCUCUGCCACGCUUCGCCGCAAUCAACCGAUCGCCUCUCCUCCUCCCGCAUAUCCCCCAGCGAGGCAUCAAAUAUGGCUGGUCGACGGCACCGCCACGAUCCAAGCACAAGCGCUUCAACCAGCCAAACUCGGGCCUCCCCGCGCUGACGACCGGCCCGGCCGCCGCCCUCAAGCGCCGCGAGAACACGACGCCUCUGCGCACGGGAGUGCUGGCCAUCAAGAAGGGCAUGACGAGCAUCUUCCAGGGCAAGACGCGCGUGGUGUGCACGGUGCUGCAGAUGGAUCAGGUGCAGGUCAUUGCCAACAAGACGAGGGAGAAGCACGGCUACUGGGCGGUGCAGAUUGGCCUUGGGGCUAGGCAAGGACGCAAUGUGACGAGCCCGAUGCUGGGAUACUACGAGGCCAAGGGCAUUGCGCCCAAGGCCGAGCUGGCCGAGUUCAAGGUUCGAGACCAGGAAGGUCUUUUGCCCGUGGGAGCUCAAUUGCUGCCGGAUUGGUUCCAGCUGGGCCAGCACGUCGAUGUGCGAGCUCGGUCAAGAGGAAUGGGCUUCGCCGGUGGUAUGAAGCGUCACGGCUUCGCUGGUCAGGAAGCCUCGCACGGAAACUCCAAGAACCACCGAACGAUUGGUUCAACAGGUCCCUCUCAGGGUGGAGGUAGUCGAGUCAUCCCCGGAAAGAAGAUGCCUGGCCGCAUGGGCAACGAGUUCCGAACGGUGCAGAACCUCAAGGUGCUCAAGGUGGACAACGAACUGGGCGUGGUGCUGGUCAGCGGACCGAUCCCCGGACCAAAGGGCCGCAUUGUGCGGCUGCAGGAUUCGAAGAAGAGAAAGGCCCCUGCGCUGCCUCACAGGGUGAAGGCGCUGGAGCAGCUGGAUGAGAGACAGCCUGACUUGCAGGAGAAGCUGGAGCAGGCGAGGCUGAGGCAUUUGGAGAUGCAAGCUCAGCGGAAGGCAUAUGUUGCGGAGGUGUAA